UUUCAAUCUUUACGUUAUUCUCUAGGAUCAGAAAUUAUUUGUGAGUGACGAUCCGAAGUUGUUGCUAUGUCUCGUUUUUUUACUACUGGCUCAGACAGUGAGUCAGAAUCGUCACUUUCUGGAGAUGAAUUAGUAACCAAGCCUGUUGGAGGCAAUUUUGGGAAACAGCCUUUGCUGCUAAGUGAGGAUGAAGAAGAUACAAAAAGAGUUGUGCGCAGUGCUAAAGACAAAAGAUUUGAGGAACUAACCAAUUUGAUCAAAACAAUCCGGAAUGCUAUGAAGAUUCGAGAUGUCACCAAAUGCCUGGAGGAAUUUGAGUUGUUGGGCAAGGCUUACGGGAAGGCCAAGAGUAUUGUCGACAAGGAAGGAGUGCCCCACUUCUAUAUCCGCAUCUUGGCAGAUCUUGAGGACUAUCUCAAUGAGCUUUGGGAGGACAAGGAAGGCAAGAAAAAAAUGAACAAGAACAAUGCCAAAGCACUGAGUACUCUCCGCCAGAAGAUCCGGAAGUACAACCGAGAUUAUGAAACCCAGAUAACUGCUUAUCGCCAGAAUCCUGAGCUGUCAGCUGAUGAAGAUGAGGACAAGAAAAGUGAUGAUUCAGAGGGAUCCUCUUCCUCAAGUGAAGAUGAUGAUGAUGAGGGAAUAAGCGCAGCAGCCUUCUUGAAAAAGAAAGAAGGAGCAGUUGAGAGUCGCAGCAAGUUUCUCAAAAAGAUAGAGGACGAAGAUGAGGAAGAAGAGGAGUCAGAUGAUGAUGAGGAUUGGGGCUCAUCGGAUUCAGAAUCUGAUUCAGAGUCAGAUGAAGAUGAAAGCAAAUACACCUCCUUGGCUUCAAAGUUCCUUAAGAAAGUUGGCACAGAGGAAGAAAAGAGGAUUCUGGAGAAGAAAAAAGAAGAUAAAGCAAAGAAGAAGCAAGACCGUAAAUCCAAAAAGUAUGAAGAUGAUGAAGAUGAUAACGAAGGCGGUGAAUGGGAAAAAGUCAAAGGAGGUGUCCCUCUGGUUAAGGAAAAGCCAAAGAUGUUUGCUAAGGGCACAGAGAUAAACCACGCUGUGGUAGUGAAGAAACUCAAUGAGAUUCUACAGGCGCGUGGCAAGAAAGGCACUGAUAGGGCUGCCCAGAUUGAUCUUUUGCAGCUUUUGGUUGGAAUUGCAGCAGAGAACAACUUGGGAAUAGCCAUUGACCUCAAAAUCAAGUUCAACAUCGUUGCCUCUUUGUAUGACUACAACCCCAACUUAGCUACAUAUAUGAAGCCAGAGAUGUGGCAGAAAUGUCUCAACAGCAUUGAUGAGCUGCUGGACAUCCUCUUUGCACACACCAACAUCUUCAUUGGACAGAACAUUGCAGAGGAUUCUGAAAACCUGGCCAACGCUGAGCAGCCCCUUCGCAUACGUGGGUGCAUCUUGACCUUGGUGGAGCGGAUGGAUGAGGAGUUUGUGAAAAUUAUGCAGAACACAGACCCUCAUUCUCAAGAAUAUGUGGAUCACCUGAAGGAUGAAGCUCGAGUGUGCAAGAUCAUAGAACGGGUGCAGACUUACCUGCAGGACAAGGGAACUACAGAUGAGAUCUGCCGUGUUUAUCUGCGCUGCAUCCUCCACACCUAUUACAAGUUUGACUACAAGGCUCACCAGCGCCAGCAAGGCCCAGCAGGAGACAGCAAGUCCGAACAAGACCAAGCAGAAAACGAGGGGGAAGAUUCUGCAGUGCUGAUGGAGCGCCUUUGCAAAUUCAUCUAUGCCAAGGAUCGGACAGACCGGAUCCGCACCUGUGCCAUUCUUUGCCAUAUUUAUCACCAUGCCUUGCAUGAUCGCUGGUACCAGGCCCGUGACUUGAUGCUUAUGAGCCACCUUCAAGAUAAUAUCCAGCAUGCGGACCCUCCAGUUCAGAUCCUGUAUAAUCGGACAAUGGUUCAGCUGGGGAUCUGUGCCUUCCGCCAGGGCUUGAUCAAAGAUGCUCAUAAUGCUUUGCUGGACAUUCAGUCUAGCGGAAGAGCAAAGGAAUUGCUGGGGCAGGGUCUCUUGAUGCGUAGCAUGCAAGAGCGCAACCAGGAGCAAGAGAAGAUUGAGAAGCGCCGGCAGGUUCCUUUCCACAUGCACAUCAACCUGGAACUCCUGGAGUGUGUCUACCUGGUCUCUGCCAUGCUGCUUGAGAUCCCUUACAUGGCUGCUCAUGAGUUCGAUGCCCGUCGGCGAAUGAUCAGCAAGCAGUUCCAUCAUCAACUGCGGGUGGGCGAGCGCCAGCCUCUUCUAGGCCCCCCUGAAUCGAUGAGAGAACAUGUUGUAGCAGCGUCCAAGGCUAUGAAGAUGGGUGACUGGAAGACAUGUCACCGUUUCAUUGUCAAUGAGAAAAUGAAUGGAAAAGUCUGGGAUCUGUUUCCCGAGGCUGACAAAGUGCGCAGCAUGCUUGUCCGGAAGAUCCAAGAGGAGUCUCUCCGAACCUAUCUCUUCACCUACAGCAGCGUUUAUGACUCAAUCAGCAUGGAGAUCCUGUCCGAUAUGUUUGAGCUGGAUCUGCCCACUGUGCACAGCAUCAUCAGCAAGAUGAUCAUCAAUGAAGAGCUGAUGGCCUCCUUAGAUCAGCCAACCCAGACAGUUGUGAUGCAUCGAACAGAGCCCACCACCCAACAAAACCUGGCAUUGCAGCUGGCUGAGAAGCUGGGCAGCCUUGUGGAAAACAAUGAGAGGGUCUUUGACCAGAAACAAGGCACUUAUGGUGGCUACUUUCGUGACCAAAAGGAUGGCUAUCGUAAGAAUGAAGGGGGCUACCUGCGCCGGGGAGGAUAUCGGCAGCAAGAACGUCAGAGCAAUUACUAAACUUAAAGCUGUUUUUAUUCAGUUAAUUUGGGGGAGAGAGAGAUUACCAGUAAUCAUAAUUCAAAGACAUGCAAUAAAAAAAUUGCUAAAAAGGAAGUCUAUUUAGUGUCCUUGGGAACAGACCAGGUAAAUUAAUUGAACAGAAUGACAAGAAUCUUCAGGCUCCAUUGCAUUCCCAGUCUUCAGUAGUUACUAUCUGGGCUGAGAAUGAAAGAAUGACAAUGACAUAGGAAUUUAGACUUCUGUUCAUCUUCAGUUUUAAUAGGAUCUGAAAAUUAAAGAUAAGGAAUUUCUCCUCAGGGAACAUUUGUUAAAGAUGGUGUUCUCAAAAACCAAAUGUGAAGAAACGACCCCAGGUAACCCUUACUGGAGCAUUACUUGUAUUGGAUGUAUCUGAAACUAAAUAAACCAUAAGUAUGAAACAUG